ACUAUUCAGCUCAGGGGGGCGGAAAUGAAGGGGUCAGGUGACCAUGAAGGGGGAAGAGCUGCCUGGAGGAAUCCCCUUCUGCCUGUCGCAAAGGUGUAUCUGCAGCCACAGACACCGGGGCCUAGAGAAGACUGCUAAAAAGGGUGAAAGAUGACUGGUAGAGCCAGAGCCAGAGCACGGGGGAGAGCUCGCGUUACAGAGCAGCCCGUUCCUGGACAGGCUGAUGGAAGACACAAGCUGCAGCCACAGCCGCAACCCCCACAGACUGCAGCGAGGGCAGCAGUGAGACCUGCAGCUCCUCUGGCACCAUUAGAGCCUGAGCCUCAGCUUGUUGGCAGGGGGCGCCAGAGGGGGCCUCCGAUAGGUGAACGGCCUCCAGCUGAUGUUCUGCAGCUCUCAGCUGGAUUUCAAGAGAUAUCAAUCGGUGAACGAGGCGGUCGGAGACGGGAUUUUCAGGACCUUGGAGUGAACACUCGCCAGACAAUCGAGCAUGUCCAAGCAUCCAAAACCGGUGAGACUGGCAGCGCAAUUCAGUUGGUCACCAACCACAUCAAACUGGUCUCCCGGCCACAGUGGGUCUUGUAUCAAUACCACAUUGACUACAAUCCUCCUAUGGAGUCAUGCCGCUUGAGAACCGCUUUGCUAUUCCAGCAUGAAGAAACCAUCGGGAAAGCGCGUGCCUUCGAUGGUACCAUCUUAUUUUUGCCGAAAAGACUCAAUAAGGUUACUGAAGUGUUCAGCCAAACCCGAAAUGGAGAGAACGUGAGAGUGACAAUUACUCUGACAAAUGAGUUGCCGCCAACUUCACCCACCUGCUUUCAGUUUUACAACAUCAUCUUCAGGAGGCUGCUCAAGAUUAUGAACAUGAAGCAGAUUGGACGCAACUACUACAACCCCAGUGAUGCUACAGAAGUCAGAGCACACCGUCUGACUAUCUGGCCUGGCUUUUCAACCUCCAUCCUGCAGUAUGAAACCAGCAUUAUGUUGAAUAUCGACGUCAGCCAUAAAGUACUGAGAAACGAGACCGUCCUCGACAUUAUGCACAAUCUAUAUCAGUCGUGUGGGGCGCAGAGCUUUCAGGAUUUCUGCAUUAAGGAGCUGGUUGGGCAGAUCGUGCUUACCAAGUACAACAAUAAGACAUACCGCAUAGAUGAGAUUAACUGGACUGCGACUCCAUUGGAUACGUUUAAGAAAUCUGAUAAGGACAUCACCUUUCUGGAUUACUACAAAACUCAAUACAAUAUAAAUAUCCAGGAUGCAAAGCAGCCCAUGCUUGUCAGCAUAUGCAAAAGACCCAGGCCAGGUGUCACCAAUGGUGUUAUUAUGUUGGUGCCAGAACUUUGUAACUUGACAGGUUUAACUGACAAGAUGAGAAGCGACUUUACCGUCAUGAAAGAUCUUGCUGUUCACACCCGACUGCCUCCAGACCAAAGGGAGCGUCAAGUUGGACGAUUCCUCAACUACAUUCACAAGGAUGAGAGCGUUCAAAAGGAGCUGCGUGACUGGGGCCUUAACUUUGACACCAAGCUUCUGAACUUUAAAGGGAGAGUUGCCGUUCCAGAGAAAAUUUUGCUGAGCGGCCGAGCUGUAGACUACAAUCCCCAGUUUGCAGACUGGUCCAGGGAUAUGAGGGGCCCGGUUCUGCUCAGUGCUCCAGUUCUGAACAGUUGGCUGCUGGUUUACCCCCGGAGAAAUUAUGAAGCAGCCAACGCUCUUUUACAGAAUUUGUAUAAAGUCACCCAGCAGAUGGGGAUCCGCAUGAAUAAAGCUGUAAUGGUGGAAAUAGAGGACAAUGUGGGUGCUUAUCUACAGGCGUUUCAGCGGGAAAUUUCAGACCAAACAGAGAUGGUAGUGUGUGUCCUGUCCAGUAUAAACAAGAUGAAGUAUGAUGCAAUAAAGAAGUACCUGUGUUUGGACGUGCCCAUACCAAGCCAGUGUGUGGUGGCCAGGACUCUGAGCAAACCACAGACUCUCAUGUCUGUGUGUACCAAGAUUGCCCUUCAGAUGAAUUGUAAACUUGGAGGGGAGCUUUGGAGCGUGGAGAUACCGGUGGAGCGUAUGAUGGUCAUUGGGAUUGAUAUCUACCAUGACACUGUGGCAGGAAAACGAUCAAUUGCUGGUUUUGUCGCCAGCAUGAAUAAAGGAAUGACUCGUUGGUUUUCUCGAUGUGUGGUCCAGGAUAAAAAGCAAGAGAUUGUUGAUGGUCUUAAGGUCUGCAUGCAAGGUGCUCUCCAUGCUUGGUAUAAAUGCAAUGGCUUUCUACCCAACCGUAUCAUCAUUUAUCGUGACGGUGUGGGCGAUGGUCAGCUAAAGACCCUUGUCAGCUAUGAAGUGCCGCAGAUUAUGGACUGUAUCAAGACGGCAGGCAAGGAUUACACCCCUAAACUGUCAGUUGUGGUGGUUAAGAAACGGAUCAAUGCCAGAUUCUUUGCCAUUUUGGGUGGCCGGCUCCAGAAUCCUCCUCCUGGAACAAUAGUUGAUACUGAAGUCACCAGACCUGAAUGGUAUGACUUCUUCAUCAUCAGCCAGUCUGUGCGACAAGGCACUGUGUCCCCAACACACUACAAUGUUGUGUAUGACAGCGGAGGCCUGAAGCCAGAUCAUAUGCAGCGACUGACUUACAAGCUGUGCCACCAGUACUUCAACUGGCCUGGAGUGAUUAGAGUGCCAGCCCCUUGCCAGUAUGCCCACAAACUGGCCUUCCUGGUUGGCCAGAGCAUUCACAAGGAGCCGCACAAUUCCCUGGCUAACCUACUCUACUACCUGUAGCUACGGGAUGAAAACAAGACCACCAUUUUGUCUGAGACGUCUUUCAGGAAUUGGAGUUUGGAGCCAUUUUUCUGCUGAUGUUAGAAUGUGUCAUUUGGGAAGCAUUUAGAAAACAGGAAGUUACUUCAUUUUUCUAAAGUUUGUGUUACUGUUAAAGCUGCUGCUUUCCCAGGGGGCAGCCAGUAUAUGGACUGAACUUUUGGUCUGCCUAUGGAAGAGUUUCUUCCCAGGCUUUAAGGAAACCUGCACUGAGAAACUAUGGAGCCUGUCAUUGAACUCUACAGGUAGUUUUUAAAAUGCUCAUUGGAUCAGCUUAACAGCCUGGAUAGACCUUGUUACCAACCUGGUGCCAAUUUGCAGAUCAGGUGGUCUGACUGUGAAAUUGCUGAGGCCAAAGAGAGACUGCCAUCUUCAGAAGGAGGGCAAUGUGAGCAUUGCCAUCUAGUGCUAGUUGCCUGGCCAUCUCUGGUCUCGGUACUAUAGGGUUACUUAAACAUUACCUAGGGAAAUCUUACAACUGGGAAAUAGUACAAAGAUCGUAACAUGGCAUGCUGUAAGAAAGUUUAGCAUCACUUAAUAGAAAAGAAAAAUUGCAGUUGCAUUAAUGAAGCAUGCAUAGAGGAAUCAAGUCUGUUGUGUCCAUCCGUGGCCAGGAGCUGGUAAUAUGUUCAGUAGUUUGUGAAAACCGCAGUAGUCGGGGCAGGCCAUGCAGACAACACAACGCAGACUUUAUUACCAGCUUCUUCAAUACCCUUAAUCAAGUCUGUAGGUGAUUUUGAAGUUGGUUUGUGUGCUGUUGUUGAAAUAGUCCUGACUGCUGCUUUUUCCACUCACCAUGGACUAUAUUUGCUGCUGGCCACCGGAGGGCAAUUUAUAUCAGACUUGCAUUCUUUAUUAUAAUGGAAUUUUUAUUUUAUUUUUUUCUAUUUUAUACUAUACCUUCAAAAAAUAAAGUCAAGUAGACCCGGGCAGCGCUAUACACAACUCUUCACAUAACAUGAGGAAUCAAAUCAAUAUAUGCACAUUCAGUAUAGUCCAUCAAAAACAUCUGGGUUGAUUGUCAUAAAUGUUGAAGAGCAAAAUCAUCCUUAGCG